GUUAAAUGUUUAUGAAUUUUAUUCAAUUGUUAUUAUUUGGGUUUAAUUAUAAUAAUACAAUACUUUAUAUAUAUAAUUGUUGUUAUUUUUAGUUGUUAUUCAUUUAAUAGACCUAGUACAGUACAGUACAGUACAGUACAGUCAGUACAGUAUAGCAUACAAUAAAUUAAGUCAAAUGUCGUUAUCUUUGUGCCGAUCAUUGGUGUCAGUGGUGUCCAGAAGUGUGACCACAAAAACAUGGAGUGGUCGGGCCAUUGGAUGUCGAGGACUAUCGGUGUCGAGCCAUUGGUGUCAACAAUUGAAAGCCUCGGAACCGGACUCUUUGACUGAAUCCAAGAUCAAGUGCACUCUGAUUCCCGGUGAUGGUGUCGGACCAGAGCUCAUGGCUUCAGUUAAAGAGAUCUUCUCAGCCAUCAGUGUCCCGAUUGAGUUCGAGGAGAUGUUCCUGAGUGAGAUCUACCCAUCUCUGAGCGUUUCGGUGGACGCAGUGAUCGACUCAUUACAACGCAAUGGCAUUGCAUUGAAAGGCAUUUUGUCGACACCUUUCAGCUCGACUGCCGGCGAACUCCAGAGUCUUAAUAUGAAGAUCAGACGACAACUGGAUCUGUUCGCUAAUGUGGUGCACAUCAAGACAUUGCCAGGGAUUAAGACAAAGUACGAAGAUUUGGAUUUCUUUGUGAUUCGUGAGCAGACGGAAGGCGAGUACAGCGCUCUCGAGCACGAGUCAGUCCACGGAGUGAUUGAAUGCCUGAAAAUCAUAACCGAAGAGAAGUCGAGACGAAUCGCGAAAUUCGCUUUCGAUUACGCGACUAAACACAACCGCAAGAAAGUAACGGUCGUUCAUAAGGCAAAUAUCAUGAAACUCGGAGACGGACUCUUCCUCAAGACAUGCCAACAGAUCUCUCAAUUGUACCCCAAAAUAGAGUUCGAGUCUAUGAUUAUCGACAACACAUGCAUGCAAUUAGUGUCACAUCCCAACCGUUUCGAUGUUAUGGUUAUGCCUAACCUCUACGGCAAUAUAGUCGAUAACUUAGCAUCUGGUCUGGUGGGCGGCGCGGGUAUAGUUCCCGGUGCGAGCUAUAGCUCCGAAUGCGUGAUCUAUGAACCGGGAGCUCGUCAUACGUUUGGAGAGGCGGUCGGCAAGAAUAUAGCGAACCCGACGGCUAUGCUGUUGUGUGGCAUCAAAAUGUUGCGACACGUCAAUCUCCACGAAUACGCCAAUCAAAUCCAAGCGGCUCUCGAGAAAGUGCUCGCAUCGGGAAAAGUGAGGACAAGAGAUUUGGGCGGAUAUGCCUCCAACACGGACUUCACUCACGCAGUCAUCGCUAGUUUGGUUUGAUUUGUCCGCAACUAUCUAUACUUAAUAUUAGCUUUUAUUCAAACAAAUACUUAAUCAUAUAAUUGAUGAG